AUGGUUGAUACAGAUUCCCAGGGCAACUUAUCCACUCAAUUUAUGAAUAAAGCUCCUAUCGAAAAUGAACUUGCAGACUAUUUGAAUGAUUAUUCCAUCGGUUUAAAUUCUUGUGUUUACAAAACUCGUUAUGACAAUCUUUACAUAAUUCCAUCAAAAGAAAUGAUUGCAGGCGGAAAGCUCAACGAUUGGUUUACAAAUGGAGCUGUAAAAACUGAAAACUCUGAUAUUGCAAAAUAUCUUGUAGAGGAUGCUGAAAAACUCGGCUUUGAUUAUCUGAUUUUUGAUACAGCACCAGCUUUUUCAGAAGCAAAUAAAAAGUUUAUUCUUGCUUCUGAUGAAGUUAUUCCAGUUCUCCAGGUUGCAAAAAGUUCAAUGGAUGGCUUGCUGAAUUAUCAUAAGGCUCUUUUACCAACUAUUGAGGAAAUGGAAAACAAAAAAUAUUUAAUUCCAGUAGACCAGGCUUUUAGAAAAGCUGAAUUAGGUGGAAUUGCAGCUCAGGAAAUUGGAAUUAAACCUGAAACCCAGGAAGUUUUUAAUCAAAUUCUUGCAGAUAUAGAAGGAGAUUAUAUAGACAAAUUAAAGGAUUCUGAUCGCACUGAUUUAAUCAGUGGUUCAGAAUCCGCUUAUGAAAAAUUGAUUGCUUUUAUUAAAGAUUGCGAAAGUAAAUGUGAUGUUGGAAAUUAUGCUUAUACAACAGAAUUGAAAUUUGAUAAAAAAGAUAGUCCAAUGUCCAAGAAUACAAAAACUUCUGUUUAUGAAUUGAUGGUAUUUUUCAAAGAUGAAGACCAACCAACUGAAACAGAAUAUUACGAAAAGAAAUCUGAUGCAGAAAAACGAAAGGAAUUUAUCUUAGCUGAUAAAGAUUCCUGGUUUCGUGCAGAAGAAGUUGAAGCAAUAGAAAUCAGUGAUGAACCUCAAGAACGAGAGUUUGUUUAA